CCUGCCUCUCCGGUGUGUAGACACCGCCUUUUCUCACCUGUCUAUCGGGUAAGCCGGCAAUGAUUUGCCUACGGCCGACCCCAGUCUCCUUUUCCAAUUUUUGCUCCCCGCCAAACCUGCGCCAUCAACCACCAAAACAUCACCAAACAACGCAAAAGUCUUGUCCUACGUCGUUGAAAAUGCAGCUUGGCAUCAGCUUAGCUGCACGAGGGCGGCUCAGAGGGGGGAACGGCUCGCCUUGGCCAAAAUGAGUGCCGAUCCUUGGAGUUGCGGGGAAAUCAACGUUCCCUAGCUUGGCCAGAUGCGCCCUCGUCGCCUGCAGUUACCUGUUUGCCUGCCAAGCCUGUCAAGCUGUACGGUAUCAUCUUGUGCAGAAUGCCGGACGGAAAAAAAAUAUUUAUCUUUUUCGUGCUGUCAACCUCCGAGUCCGGAAAGCGGCGCAGUCAUGCAGGUUUUUCGGUCCUGAGCCAGGAAAUAAUUCGCAAUGACGCAGUGACUGCGGGACAGACGGCAUGCACGCAUGUCAGGUUUGUGAGGUUUCCGCUGUCGCUUGAUUGGAGGAGCAUACGGAACAAUGCUUUGCUGAGGGUUUGAAGCAUGGAUUUGUGUAAAAUUGCAUAUAACACUCGAGUGUUUGCUCCAGAUUCUCGAUGUGAACUGUGCCGGUGUUGCAGUUUUCUAGCAACAGACCGUUGCUAUCCCUUCUUUCGUCCCUCUGGCUCCACGGUCAAGAUUGGCCGGACCUGUCAGCAGACCAAUUGGCCGCUGUUGGAUCCAAUAUGUUCGUCUCGGUCACCAUUCUCGCCCUCGCAGCGACAGCCAUAGCUGCUCCGAUCAAGGGAAUUGACCGGCAGCACGUCGAAGAUGAGUACGACUUUAUCAUUGCAGGAGGCGGCACCGCGGGUCUCGUUCUAGCCAAUCGCCUCAGCGAGUCGGGCAAAAACCGCAUCCUCGUGCUCGAGGCCGGCCCGGAGCCCACCGUGGUAUCCGCCUACAAGCCCCCCGGGGGCAACCAGUUCCUCGGCGGGACGGCCAUCGACUGGUCCUUUUACACGUCUCCACAGGAGCACAUGGACGACCGCGUGCUCCGCUACCACCGCGGCAGGUGUCUGGGCGGAAGCAGCGUCACCAACGGUUUCUACCACGGCCGCGGCUCGGCCUCUGUCUUUGACGACUGGGUGCGCCUGGGCAACCCGGGCUGGGGCUGGCACGACCUGUACCCGCUCGCCGUCAAGGGCACGCACUUCAACCCGCCCGACGACCACGAGCUCAAGGGGUUCGACCUCACGGCCAAGACCUGGGACCCCAGCGCGUACGGCGACGGGCCGCUGGAGCUCGCGUUCCAGGGCUACGUGCCGCCGUCGACGACGGGCUUCAUCGCGGCGGUUUCCGAGGCGCUGCACCUCCCCGUCGUCAGGGACCACAACACGGGCAACAGCACGGGGGUGAAGCAGGGCACGGGCACGCUGGACGCCAACCUGCUGCGCAGCUCCAGCUACGACGGGUACCUGAAGCAGGCCAUCGACCGGACCAACCUCGACGUGCUCUACCACGCGCCUGUCUGGCAGCUGCUGCUGGACGAGUCGGGCGAGAAGCCCAAGGCCACGGGGGUCGCUUUCAUGGACCAUCCGACCGGCAUCGUCCACGAGGUCAAGGCCAGGAAGGAAGUGGUGGUCAGCAUGGGCGCCUUCAACUCGCCGCAGCUGCUCAUGGUUUCGGGCAUUGGUCCCAAGGCCCAGCUGGACAAGUACGCCAUCACGCCGGUGGUGGUAAACGAGAACGUCGGGCAGCAUCUCAACGACCACUCCGUGUUCAGCAUCAUGGCGCUGUCGACGCCCGAGUUCUCGACGACGGAUAUGACGGCGUCGUGGUCGGCGCUGCGUCAGGCCCAGGACGAGUUCUACCAGAACAGGACUGGUCAGUACACUGCACCAUCGGGCAUCACGAACGCUUUCCAAAAGAUGUCCGAGGAGGAGCUGCGGGCCAUUGGUGCCGAGGAAAUCAUCACCUCCGGCCUGGCAAAUCAGUCCCACAUCGAGUAUCUGUUCGAGUCCAUCUGGUACCCGGGAGGACCGACACCGUACUACACCCCGCUGCCCAGCGAGUCGUACAUUUCCGUGACGGCUUCGAGCAUGGUUGCGCUCUCCCGUGGCAACGUAACGCUGCGGUCCAGCUCCAUGGCUGAAUUUCCGCUGGUCAACCCGAAUUACUACGCACACCCCGUCGAUCGCAUCAUCGCCAUCGAAUCCUUCCGCUACCUGCGCAAGAUCCUCGCGCACCCUGCCCUGUCCAAAUUCACCAUGGGUCCCAACCACGGCGAGCUGAGCCCCGGACCCGAAAACGUCUCGGACGACGACGACGAGGCGAUCUGGGAGUACGUCAAGUCCAACACCAUCCCGAACUGGCACGCCUCGGGCACGGUGCAGAUGCUCCCCGAGGAGGACGGCGGCGUGGUGGACCCGCGGCUGAGGGUGUAUGGCGUCGAUGGGUUGAGGGUCGUGGACUGCAGCAUCAUUCCCGUGUUGCCUGAUGUCAACAUCCUGGGGCCGGUCUACAUGAUUGCGGAGAAGGGGGCCGAGAUGAUUCGUGAGGAUUGGGAUGAUAUAUGAUCGUUUAGUUUGGUUGGGGUUUCAGGAGUUGGGUGGUGUUUUUGCACAUGUCGAGUUGGUGAAGCCAGUCAGUAGAUAUAUAAUGCCCAAUGAACAUAUCAUGACUCCGAAAUGAGCAACAUCUCCAAAACAGCGACCAGUCUCUCAUAUUAUGGCUUAUGGCCUCUACAAGAUAUUACACAAUACAACUCCCCCACCCCCCGUGCCUUAUUGCUUG